GCUUCCCAGAUAGGGGCCAUAGGGCUUGGUUUGAUUUCUGAUUGAGCUGAGCUUCAAUGGUGGAGAGAAGGAAGCCUCUUGUGCUCUCUUCAACCAAAAUCCUCCUCGAUUCCAUACGGAACAGCGCGAGACUCAAUAAGAGAGAUGGAGUCACUGGAAACGAGUUGUCCGCCAAUGAACCGUCGCCGACUCUGCACUUACCGGUGGGAAUUCUCCGAUUAUCGGAUGAAAAAUCGGUCAGUUCGGACCCAAAGCUGGCUUUGCUCGACGAUUCUGCUUUGGUUGGCCUCCCAACGUCUGCUCUCAAGAGGCUCUCCGUAACUUCUGGCUCACCGGUGCUUGUCAGAAAUGUUGAGACAAAUGUAUGGAGAAUUGCCCAUGUUGUUGUUCUAGAUUCUCCUCGCGCCCAUGGACACUCAUCUGACUCUAAACUACCACUUUCUCAUUCUCCCCAUACUAUGCUUAUUUUUCCUUCACUUAAAUAUCCUCAAAACAACAGUGUGCUUCUGGAUGGGGAAGUCGCAUAUCUAUCUCCUCUCCUUGCAUUUAACCUUGACUUGCACAUAUCAUGCUUGAAAUCUCUUGUACACCAAGGGAAAGAGACUUUAGCAUAUUUGUUUGAAGCUAAAGCAGAUGAGGAGACAUGUGGAAGAGGGAGUGAGGCUUCUCCCAUUAGUUUAAGCUUGGAACAGAGUGCUCGUUUGCCUAGAUUUGCCUCACACUUGAGGGCUUCUUUUGUGAAGAUUCCAGAAUGUGGUACCCUUGAAUCCUUGCAAGUGAAUUCAUCUAUUGAAGCUGAAGAUCGUCAGGAGAUGAUUGAUUUGGCUUUGCAUAAUUACUUUAAAGUAGAUAGGUAUCUAGCCAGAGGCGAUCUUUUCAGUGUCGGUAUAAAAUGGAAUUGCAGAUCAGUUAUGUGCAUUCCUUGCAGCCAAAGGAUGCAAAAUGCUAGUGAUGACAUAAUCCAUUUCAAGGUUGUGGCUAUGGAACCAGCAGAUGAACCAGUUCUUCGAGUCAAUUGCACUCAAACUGCCCUUGUGCUUGGAGGAAGUGUUCCAUCAGCUGUUCCACCUGAUUUGUUGAUUGGAGGAUCAAAAGGUUUUAUGCCUUUGCAAGGGGAUACAGUCAAGAUGUUGGCCUCCAUACUUACACCACUUGUAUGUCCAUCAACACUUGCUUCAAAACUCAGAGUCACUGUUCUUUUAUACGGUUUGGCAGGAACUGGGAAGAGGACUGUUAUUAGGCAUGUUGCUCAAAGGUUGGGUCUGCAUGUUGUGGAAUACAGCUGUCAUAGUCUGAUGUCAUCAGCUGAAAGAAAGACAUCUGUUGCACUAGCUCAAGUUUUCAAUACAGCUCACAGGUACUCACCGACAAUACUUCUUCUUCGCCAUUUUGAUGUGUUCCGAACUCAAGAAGGUUCUUCAAAUGAUCAAGUUGGCAUAGCAUCUGAAGUUGCAUCUGUUAUUAGGAAAUUCACUGAGCCAGUAAUUGAAGAUGAAGACAUUUAUUCUGAAAAAAAAUCAACUAGUGAUUUUCAGUUGAAGGAUGCUGAAAAGAUAAAAAGGCAUCAGGUGUUGUUAGUGGCAGCUGCUGACAGUUCUGAAGGUCUACCACCAACUAUUAGGCGUUGCUUCAGCCAUGAAAUAAGAAUGGGUCCUUUGACUGAGGAACAAAGGGCUAAAAUGCUGUCACAGUCGUUGCAAAGUAUUUCUGAACUCCUCCCUAAUACUGAUUCAGAGGAUUUUAUAAAGGACAUAGUUGGUCAGACAUCUGGUUUCAUGCUCAGAGAUAUGCGGGCUUUAAUUGCCGAUACUGGUGCAAAUUUAAUACCCAGGUGUCAAACUAACAAACUUGAGCCUGGAGGCACAGAUAAUUCUCUAAGGUUCAAAGCAGUGCAAGACACCAAGUCAUGCGAAGAAGCACCUCAAGUUCCGAGUAAAGAUGACUUGGCCAAAGCAUUGGAACGUUCCAAGAAAAGAAAUGCAUCAGCAUUGGGUACUCCAAAGGUUCCUAAUGUCAAAUGGGAAGAUGUUGGUGGGCUUGAGGAUGUGAAGAAGUCGAUCCUAGAUACUGUUCAGCUACCUCUCCUUCACAAGGAUUUGUUUUCAUCCGGGUUGCGUAAGCGUUCUGGUGUUCUUCUUUAUGGUCCACCUGGAACAGGGAAAACUUUAUUGGCAAAAGCUGUUGCAACAGAGUGCUCCCUCAAUUUUCUGAGUGUAAAAGGGCCUGAACUGAUCAACAUGUAUAUAGGAGAAUCAGAGAAAAAUGUUCGAGACAUUUUUCAGAAGGCAAGGUCAGCACGUCCAUGUGUUAUCUUCUUUGAUGAACUUGAUUCUCUUGCUCCAGCCCGAGGUGCCUCUGGGGAUUCUGGGGGUGUUAUGGACAGAGUAGUUUCCCAGAUGCUUGCAGAGAUUGAUGGCCUGAAUGAUUCUACACAGGACUUGUUUAUUAUAGGGGCAAGCAACAGACCUGAUCUUAUUGACCCUGCACUUCUCCGACCUGGCCGAUUUGACAAGCUGCUAUAUGUUGGAGUUAACUCUGAUACAUCUUAUCGGGAGAGGGUCCUCAAAGCACUUACCCGAAAGUUUAAGUUGCAUGAAGAUGUAUCGCUUUACUCAAUAGCCAAGAAAUGUCCCCCAAACUUUACUGGUGCAGACAUGUAUGCCCUAUGUGCAGAUGCUUGGUUUCAGGCUGCAAAACGAAAGGUUCUAAGUCCACCUUCCGAUUCUUCUUCCAUGGAAAAUCAAGCUGACUCUGUCAUUAUUCAAUAUGAUGAUUUUGUGAAGGUCUUAAGAGAUCUGACUCCCUCCCUCUCUGUGGCGGAGCUUAAAAAGUAUGAGCGAUUACGAGACCAGUUUGAAGGAGCUUCAAAAUGAAACUCUGGUAAAGCUCUUGUACAACUUGUUUACUUUCAUAUGUUAUGACCCACCGUUCUCAUCAGUCAUCAAAGCUUUCUAUAUAUAAUUCUUUCAAUAAUAAAAGUCACUGUAUACAUGAGGUCAUGGCUUUCUCCAUUCCAUUAGUAGUCAUCAAAUAGGCAUCACUCGGCACUUGGAUCCUGAUGUUUUUAAAUUGUGGGAGUCAAAUUUGGUGGUUGGAGAAUGUGGGCAUGAUUCCAAGCACAUGUUCUCAAAAAGUAUAUUCCAACUGUGAACUGUGUGUCUGGUGUUGUAGCUUCAAUCCAUUAUAUGAUGGGCCCAUUUGGUCGACCUCCACAGCUUCAGUGAUUUUGUUUAUCUGGCUUCAAUUCAUAUCAUCAUUCUCAUUA